AUGUCUAUUGUAUGUUUUAGGGCAGCAUUAAGUACAGUACAACAGAUAAAAAAUUUAUUAAUGACCAGUACAGAUGAACCUAGUGAAAAAUUACAACAGUAUUUUAAUAACUGUAGCCAGAAUCCCACAGAAGAUAUCAAGAAUAGAUUACAAGAACAGAAAGAGGUGUUUAUAGAUCAGUUUUGUAGUGCUAGUAAUUUAAACCAGGGUGAAAUAGCUAGCCAAAGAUACCAGUUAGCUGUUAGAUUAUACUAUAGAGUUAUAGAAUCCAUGUUGGACAGUGAACAUGAAAGAUUAUCAGAAACUGAUUUUAGUAGAUUACUAAACAUUGGUAGUUUUCACCAAUCUUUAUUAGCUUGUUCUAUAGAAGUUGUUUUAGUGACCUAUGGGAAUCCAUCAACUGGUGCCAUGGGUUGUGAAGACUCAGUAUUUUCGUUCCCAUGGAUUCUCAAUGUAUUUCAACUACAGGCAUAUGACUUCUUUAAAGUGUUAAAAAGUUUUAUAAAAGCUGAACCCAAACUAACAGGGGAUCUUAUUCGGCACUUACAGAACGUAGAGAAUAGUAUUUUAGAAAGUGAAGCAUGGAAAAAGGUAACAGAAUUUGUUUUACUCAUUUAUAAUGUAUUUGCUGUGCAAUGUGAUAAACCACCGCCACAUCGAUCUCAAUCAUUAAAUAUCUUCUUUGAUAAAGUAUGUAGGUUAGGUUAUAGUAGACUACAGAAAUUAUGUGAUAUGUUGAUAGUACCAAAAGAAUUGACUCACCGGGUUUGGACAUGUUUUGAACAUUGUAUUACACAGAGACCAAGUUUAAUGGAGAACAGACAUAUAGAUCAGAUUAUGAUGUGUUCUAUUUAUGCAAUAUGUAAAGUUGUAGAGAAGGAAAUUCGGUUUAAGACCAUUGUAGAGAGAUAUAAAAAUCUUCCACAUUCUAAACAAGAGGUAUUUAAAAAUGCGUAUAUAGAGAAAGAGGAAUAUGAUUCUAUAAUAGGUUUCUAUAAUAAAGUUUUUAUGGAAGCUAUGAAACAAUUUAUUCUACAAUUUUCUAAUAGUAGAACUACAGUAAGUAAGAAUUCUGGUUUUAUCUCCCUUUAACCUUCAGCUAUAUCAUAUAAAGCUGAAUGUUUGUUGUAUAACUUCAUAUGAUCCAUAAAAAUCCAUGUAAAUUGUAGUUAUUUCUUUUGUUUAUUUAUGAGUGCAGUUUGUGUAUUACUUAGAAAGUUGAUAUUUUAUUAAAAUUGAAUAGUACAUAUAUUGAAAAAAGACUAAUUGACAAGAGCUCAGCUAGUAAAUCUUCAUCACUACAGUUAGUUUUUGAUUUUUGAGAAUGUAAGUACAAGUAAUAUAACACUGUAUUUCUUGCAUUUAUUCAUUAUUUCAGACACCAUCAUUAUCCCCUGUACCUCGUUCUGUUACAUCACCUUUAGCUGGUUCACAAAAAUACAGUGUACCUGGAAGAAAGAAUUUCUAUGUUUCACCAUUAAAAGAAUCACCAUUUAAAGCACCAUCCAGUCCCAGUCAGAUGACACCAAGAUCUCGUCAGUUAUAUUGUUUUGGUGAUGAAAGAGUGGGGUCAGCAGAAAAUCUACGAAGUAUAAAUGAAAGAGUGUCAGGUUAUCAUAAUCAACGUCAAGCUAAUACACCUCGGGGUUUACGAAGGUUAAAAUUUGAUCAACCAGAUGAAGAGUAAGCUUUAUAAUUGAAUUUUUCUUAUUUUG